AGCAUUAAAAUACAAAAAAGCAAAAUUAAAAAAAAACAUUAACCAUUAAAUAAUAUUAUAAAAAUUAAAUUUACUAAAUAAAAAUAAUGAAAUGUAUUGUGCCAGGAGCAAAUGUCAAGGUAUUGGCAAGAGCAAUUCAUGCAUUAUCAAAAAUUGGAGAUGAAAUUUAUGUUCAACCACAAGAAAAAAGUUUAUCAUUUCGUGCAGUAAGUUCAUCAAAUUCAGCAUACAGUGAUUUUACAUUUCAUGAUACAUAUUUUUCAUAUUAUAAUUAUGGUGAUUUAAAUGAAGAUGAUGUACUUAAAUGUAAAGUACCAAUGCGUGGUGCAAUUGCUGUAUUUAAAACACCAAGUUUAAUGGAUAAACUUAUUGAAACAUGUCACAUUAGACUUGAGCCAAAUGCAUCACAAUUAAUAUUCAUAUUAAAAUAUAAAAAUAGUGUUGUUAAAACAUUUUUAUUACCAAUUAUUGAUUGUGAAGCAUUAAAAGCAUCAUAUAAUAAAGAUGGUCUACCAAAUAUAUUAACUGUACAACCAAAAGUACUUGUUGAAGCAUUACAUAAUUUUCAACAAUCAUUAGUUGAAAUAACACUUGAUGUUAAAACAGAUACAGUAUUUAUGCGUAAUUAUAUUGAUGAAACAUCAAGUUCACAUGUUACAAGAACACAAUUAUCAUUGUCAAUUGGUGAAUUUGAUAAUUAUACUGUUGGUGAAAAUUCAUGUGUUACAUUUUGUUUAAAAGAAUUGAGAUCAAUUUUAUCAUUUGCUGAACAAGUUAUGGUACCAAUUGAUAUUACAUUUGAAAGUGCUGGUAAACCAAUUGUAUUUAUAUUAAAAAAUUCAGCAUUUGAAGGUAAUUUAGUAUUAUCAACAUUAAAUCCAAUUGUUAAUGAUACAAAUGAUUCAAUUAUGAGAGAACGUCGUGCAUUAAUGAAAAAACGUGGACGUGGAAUUGAUAAAAGAGCAGCUGGUAAAGCCAAAAAAGGUAGUAGUAAAAUUUCUAUUGCUAGUACAUCAACAACAAGUAUUGUACAAUCAAUAUUAAGCAAAGAUUCAUUAGCUGAUGGACGUACAAUAAGUACAACAAGUACAAGAACAAAUGUUACUGAUAAAAAUGCUAAUAAAGAUAAUGAUAAAGAUAAAGAUUCACUUGUAUCUAGUUUAAAAUCAACAAGUAUUGAUGAAACUAAAAAAUCAAAUAAUAAUAGUAAAAAAACAAAGAUAAAUGAAAUUAAUAAAACACCAGUUAUUAUUCAAGAAAGUUUAUCACCAAUUGGUACAUCAUCAUCAUCAUCGUCAUCAAUAAUUACUAAAAGUAGAAAUAAUAAUGUUGUACCACCAACAAUAUCAUCACAAAAUAGUGCAACUUCAAUUGAUAUGCUAUCUGGACUUAAUAGAAAUAUUGCAAAAUCAACAACAUCAUCACAAAACAGUGAUAUUCCAAUUGUAACACCAAAAAUAUUUUCACUUGCUAGAAGAAGUAGACAAAGUUUUGAUGCUGAUAAUAAUAAUAUUGAUAAUUUUGAUGAUGUUGUACCUGUUUCACCACCACCAGCUAAAAAAGCUAAAAUUAUAUUUCGUAAAUGUCUACAAGAAACAUUUGAUCCAAGAUUUUUACCAGGUCAUGAUGAGCUACUUGCUGAUGAUUCUGAUGAUGAAAAUAAUUAAUUAACUUUAUUUAUUUUUUAAAAUUUAGAUGUAUUA